AACUCUAUCAUUGUAGUCAUCUUAUCAUUCACGUUGGAAAGAUGCAUCUUCUCUUCAUCCAAGUCAGAAAGAUAUAAGAUGCAAAGUAUGUAAUUAUUUGAAAUAUGACUACAGUUAUGUCUCUAAGCUUUGAAAACUUUGUCUAGUGUUGAGUAAUUUUGUGCUUUUCUUUCUCUCUUUGCUGUCAUCUUUUCGUUACUCAAUUUACAAAUUAAAUGUCUAUUUUGAGAACAAAAGACUGAGAACUUUCAUCUAGGAUGUCUUGUGUUACCCACAUGAAAUGCAAACAUUACGCCAUAUUUGAACCCUUGAGGAUCAAGAACCAUAAGCAUAAUGCUGAUCUGCAUCUUAAUCUAGUGAUUUUUACCCUGCACAUGAAGGAAACAACAUAAGUUGCUCCUUAGAUUAAUAUAAGAGAAUUAAUCUUUCAAGGAUAUAUUUGCUAGGUAAACAGUGACUUAAAAUACAGAUACUGGUAUUUCUCUUAGCUUGUCUGAUUUUAGCUUCAAUAAGAUUAUGUACUGCUAAACUCUUUAUUGCAGUCAUCAUCUAGCCGUUCACAUUGGAAAGAUCCACAUCGACUUAAUCCCAGAGUUGAAGUUAGGAGGCAGUCCUAUAUUGAGUUGGAUAUUUUUAGAAAAAGAUGGAGAAAGGCAGUCGAGAGGGAUGUUUGUUGGGUGGAUCCAUACCAAGAUAAAAGUGCAUAAGAGUGGUCGCGAAUUGAUCCUAAAGCAGAGCUGUGUAAAUAUAGGUAUACCAGUUGUGCCUUCAACUCAGAAGACAUUGGAGAGAAGGAAGAUGUUGGAGCUCUAUUUUGCAUUCUUAAUGUGGGGGAAAGGUUCAGCAAAUACCCUUCUUAACUCAAUUUUCAGCUACUGGACUUGAAUCAUUCCUUGAACUGUCCAUAGCUAAAAUAAGAGCACAAUGUAAUGUUAAAUUUAUAGAUGCAAGAUGGAAAUGAUAAAGUUGUUUUUUACUUCUUUAUUUACUUCACUGCACUGAAUUAUGUGAGUUCCAACUGGCUAAAACUACAUGCAUCAAUUUUAAAACAUUUUAAUUAUUUUAUCUUACGACAGGGCUCACUCCCCUCCUAAAGAGUUGUAUUCACUGUUUUGUAAUAAUGUGAUAAUGUAUACUCUUUUUAAAUCUUAAUAAAAUAGCCAUUUCAUG